GUACUACUCAUUACGUGAAACUGAUUGUAACAGAACUGCUGUGUCAUGCUAUCGAUAACUAAUCAGUCUGAACAAAAGUCAUAUAACAGGUAGACACAAUUAUUUUUCCCAAUUGUGAUUCAAAAUGACGACGGCAAGAAAGUACGUUUACGCCCGAAAAUUUGAAGGUUUUCCUAAAGAAGGCGACUUGCAGUUGGUCGAAGAGAAAUUGCCGCAGCUCAAAGAUGGGGAGUUCCUUUCCAAGGCUGUCUAUUUGAGCGUUGACCCUUACAUGCGCGCCUAUGCACCAUCCCUAAAACUUGGAACCACCUUCAUUGGCGGACAAGUCGCCGUGGUCACCGAAAGCAAAAACAUUACCCACCCCGUUGGCCAGUACAUCGUGGGCAACUUCGGCUGGCGCACCCACACCAUCUCCGACAACGAAUCCGAGCUCUACGUCCUCCCCGACUUCGACAAGCUCCCUCUAUCCCUAGGAGUCGGCGUCCUAGGAAUGCCAGGGAACACCGCGUACUUCGGCUUCCUGGAGAUCUGCCAGCCCAAACCUGGCGAGACCGUGGUGGUCACAGGAGCAGCCGGCGCGGUGGGCAGCCACGUCGGCCAAAUCGCCAAAAUCAAAGGUUGUACAGUCAUCGGGAUAGCCGGAUCAGACGAAAAGGGUAAAUGGUUGGUCGACGAUUUAGGGUUCGACCACUUCAUCAACUACAAGGACGACAAGUUCAAGGAGAAACUGGAGCAAGCGACGCCGAAGGGCGUGGAUUGCUAUUUCGAUAACGUGGGUGGGGAGAUUAGCUCGAUUGUGAUAAGCAGGAUGAACCUUUAUGGGCGAGUGUCUGUCUGUGGGUCUAUUUCUGGGUACAAUGACACCGAACCGGCGAAAGCCACUACGAUUCAGCGGUUUUUGGUCGGCAAACAGCUGAAGAUGGAAGGGUUCAUCGUGAGGAGGUGGACUGAGCGGUGGGGGGAGGGCAUUUUGCAAAACAAGCAGUGGAUUCAAGAGGGGAAGUUGAAGUACAGCGAGACUGUGACAGAGGGCUUCGAGAACAUGUUCCAGGCGUUUGUCGACAUGUUGAAAGGGGGGAACAUCGGGAAAGCUGUUGUGAAGGUGUAACACCGUGUAUUUUCUAAAUAAAAUGCUUGACUAUG